GUAAACAGCGUUCCUUACCAAACGGUGUAAAAACAGCUAUCAAGUUAUUUCGCAAAUUUCAGAAGACAGUCGACACAUUCGAUAAUACUGAAAACCCCAAGGAUGUCAGUGGUAUUCCCUUGAAUAAAGAAAAGAGAAAGCAGAGCGACGCACAUGAAAACCCAAAAACCACACAGUACUCUCGUCGUGUUUUCCAAAGCUAUCGGUAUCUCCAAAGCCGCCUCCACCAAAAAACCCUAACAAUUCCCAUUUCGUCUCCUCCGAAGGAACCAAAGGAAUUUGAAAACCACAACUUUGUUUUCAAGAUCUUCGCCGCUUUAAAGCUCCAGCAACCUCGCCAGUGAAACUUGGGUUUGGUUAUUAAUCACAUUUCUGGGUUUAUAACUGUUAUUGAAAGAAUUGUUGAGAUGGGUGAUAACAAAUCUCCUAGUGGGUCUCCUAAAGAGAACCCGGAUAAUGAUUCUGAUGCAAACCCACUUGCUAGGGAUGAUAGCUCAUUGGAAACUAUAGUAAGAAAAUUCCAAGACUCAAUGUCCCUCAAGAAGCAUAAGUUUUGGGAAACACAGCCUGUUGGACAAUUCAAGGAGGUUGGUGACUCGAGUUUGCCCGAGGGCCCGAUUGAGCCCCCGACACCAUUAUCUGAAGUCAAACAAGAACCUUAUAAUCUCCCAAGUGCCUAUGAAUGGACCACGUGUGACAUGGACUCUGAGGAGACUUGCCUUGAGGUUUACAAUUUGUUGAAGAAUAAUUAUGUUGAGGAUGAUGAGAACAUGUUUAGAUUCAAUUACUCCAAGGAAUUUCUUAGGUGGGCACUGCGUCCUCCUAGUUAUUUCAGGAGCUGGCAUAUUGGUGUUCGUGCCAAAUCUUCAAAGAAACUGGUUGCUUUUAUUACUGGUGUCCCUGCCAGAAUUCGGGUUCGUGAUGAGGUUGUCAGAAUGGCUGAGAUUAAUUUCUUGUGUGUUCAUAAGAAGCUUAGAUCGAAGAGGCUUGCACCUGUUAUGAUCAAGGAAGUCACUAGGAGAGUUCACUUGGAGAAUAUUUGGCAAGCAGCUUACACAGCCGGAGUCGUUCUUCCAACGCCAAUUACAACUUGCCAAUAUUGGCAUAGGUCUUUGAACCCAAAGAAGCUCAUUGAUGUUGGGUUUUCAAGGCUUGGCGCAAGGAUGACAAUGAGCCGAACCAUAAAACUUUACAAGUUACCAGAUUCACCAGUGACCCCUGGAUUUAGAAAAAUGGAACUUAGAGAUGUUCCUGCUGUUACUCGGUUGCUUAGGAACUACUUGAGCCAGUUUGUGGUUGCACCUGAUUUUGACGAAGAUGAUGUGGAGCAUUGGCUUCUUCCAAGUGAGAAUGUGGUGGAUAGUUACUUGGUUGAGAGCCCCGAGACUCAUGAGAUCACUGAUUUCUGCAGCUUCUACACGCUUCCUUCGUCUAUCCUUGGCAAUCAGACUUACUCGACUUUGAAAGCAGCAUAUUCUUACUAUAAUGUCUCCACAAAGACUCCGUUGCUUCAAUUGAUGAAUGAUGCUCUUAUUGUAGCAAAACAAAAGGAUUAUGAUGUUUUCAAUGCAUUGGACGUCAUGCAGAAUGAGUCUUUCCUGAAAGAACUGAAAUUUGGACCAGGAGACGGGCAACUUCACUACUAUCUUUAUAACUACCGGAUUAGGCGUGAAUUGAAGCCAUCUGAACUUGGUCUUGUGCUUUUGUAGUUUCAUAUGUUUCAGUUUUGGUAUCGGUUUAGUUUGCUGGCCUCAUUCGUUUUCUUCCUCUGCAUCAACAGAGACGAGAAUUUGCUGCACAUGCGAGAGAACGGAUGCAAUGACAUCCAAUGUCUGAUAUGCUUUGGUAAUAAGACAACGUUGUUGGCAAUGCUUAUUGUUCUUGAUAUAUUUAUUUGAAAGAAAAAAGUGGUCUCUGGACUGAAUAUUGUUGAGAUAUUUCAUUUUUUUCUCAUUCCAUCU